GACGUGUUUUGGAGUCAAUAAGGCCUGCCAUAGCUUUCUAGCGACAAGCUUCCGGUUCUUGACGCACACACACCUUCCCCUCCAGCUCGCGCAUUCCCAAGCCACCACAUCCCUGCACACCUCAAUAACAACACACCGCCAACCCUUGGUUCGGUAGACAAUAAAUUCCGAUUUGGUCGACGACAAGCUCAAAGCAGGUCGCCUUUGCGCCGGCUCCCUCCCAACGGAUUGGCGCCAGCGAAGUGUGACAGAUACAAGCAUCACCAAUGUCGUCACGGCCUGUGACACACAACCCUCAACACACAACGUCAAGUUCAUCCAGUUCAUACGAAUCGUCAUCGCUCACCCAGGACGAGUACGACGAGUCGCUGGCUGACGAGGAAGACGAGGAAGAAUCGUGGGAAGACGAAUACGACGAGCUUGAACCAUCGGAUUCCGCCUCGAUAAGUCAAGAGUACAAGCCCACUCUGCGCCGAACAUCCCACAGCCCAGGCCCUCUACGUGGUAAUCCGCGUCGCCACAGGAUUCCCGCUGGGCGCCAGACUUCGCUCCAAUACCAAGCGCCGUCGGCCCCGCCAAUGAGUCUUGACCCUUCCGAGGAAUACGGUCCGUCGUACGGGCGCGGCUACGGCGGCGGCCCACCUCCCCCGCAGAACCAAGGCGCCUUCUUCGGCACCAGAGCCGGCCACCAACCGGCCGGUUACGCGCAGAGCCACGUCGGCUACAUGCCGAGUCACUACAGCGGCCAAAUGGUUCCCUACGGUACUAGUGACUACCGGAAUCCCUUCGCGCCGGCCACCAAUGGCACCAAUUACUUUGGCGCCCCCCACCUUCGCGGCCACGGUGAUUAUGACUUGAUGCCAUACCACCACCCGAGCGCGCCCGGCUUUUAUGGCGGCGGUGGACCGCCGGGAUAUGGAGGAGUUGCGCCGCACUUGCAACCCUAUAUGUUCAGUGCCCCGCCGCCACCACCCACGGAAGCACCCGCGCCCGGCCCUCCGACCCCCGCCCCGCCGGCUCCGGAGAAGCCAAAUCCGGAGAUGGAAGAGAUCAAAAAACGGCUUGCGAAGUACGAAGAGGAGGAGAAGAGGAAAAGAGAGGAAGAAGAGCAAGCAAGGAUCAAAGCGGAGGCCGAGAGGCAAGCCCGAGAGAACUUUGAAAAGGAACUAGAGAAGCUGAAAACAGAACGAGAGCAGGCAAAGUUGGAGAUGGAACGCGCGAGAGUCCAGGCGGAGAAGGAAGCACGCGAGCGGCUGGAGGCUGAGAAGAAGGCGGAGGAGGAACGGAAGAAGGAACAGGAAGAGGCGCUGAGGCGGCUCGAGCGCGAAGCACGAGAGAGGCUCGAAGCCGAGAUGAAGGCGGCCGAGCAGAGGAAAAGGGAACAGGAAGAAGCACUAAAGCGACUGGAACACGAGGCACGCGUGAAGCUCGAGGCCGAAAUCAAAGCGGCCGAGGAGCGCAAAAAGCGUGAGGCGGAGGCUCAAGCUUUGGCCGAGGCCCAAGCCAAGGCGAGGAUCGAGCUGGCCAUCAGGGAGGAGCAGGAAAGAAUCCAUGCCCGGAUCAAGGCCGAAGAAGAGGCCAAAGCCGCCGCCGCCGCAAAAGCCGCCGAGGAGGCGGAGCGCCUGAAGAGGAUCGAAGAGGAAGCCAAGAGGAAGCUGGAGGCGGCCAUCAAGGAGCAAGAAGAGAAGCUGGCGGCCGCCAUCAAAGCCGAGCGCGAAAAAAUGGAGGCUGCCCAAAAGGCUGAGGAGGAAGCCAAAGCCGCCGCGGCCAAGAAGGCGGCCGAGGAAGCCGAAUGGCGGAAGCAGCUCGAGGCCGAGGCGAAGCUGAAGGCAGAGAACGAAGCCCGAGAGAAGCUUAAGGCAGAGCAGGAGGCGGCCGAGGCUGCCAAGGCAGCUGAAGCGGCAAAGAAGAAGGAGGAGGAAGCCCUGAAGAAGAGGCUACUCGAGGAAACUAAGGAGAAUCUGGAGAAGGAAGCCCAAAACAAGGAGAAGCCGCCCAUCAAGUUCAAGGAUGCCGUUGGCCGCAAGUUCAACUUCCCGUUCCAUCUGUGCCAAACAUGGCAGGGUAUGGAGGAGCUCAUCAAGCAAGCCUUCUUACACGUCGAUGUCAUCGGACCUCAUGUCCUCGAAGGCCACUACGACCUGAUCGGCCCUAACGGCGAGAUCAUCCUCCCGGCCGUCUGGGAGAAGGUAGUUGAGCCCGACUGGACCAUCACCAUGCAGAUGUGGCCCUUGGAUAAGUCGCCUCUCCGCAACCACCCCCAGCAGAUGCCGGGCCACCCCGGCAUCCCCCCAGGCGGCAUCCCCCGCCCAGCCCACCACGGGCAGCACGCACAGCACGCGCAGCACGCGCAGCACGCGCAACAAGUGCCCCGUCCCGGCUUGCAUCCCUUUUUCCGCCCGCCAAGCCGGCCGACCGGCGGCCACGGCAUCCCGCCGCCCCCGCCUCCGCCACAAGGCUGGCCCGGCGGCAUGCCAGUGCCUGGUGGGCCAGGCGUUCGGCCUCACGUCGUGACAGUCGCACCCAAGCACUCUAAGAAGGACAAGAAGGCAGCGGCCCCAUCGUCUGUGCUUGGGUGGAUGGCUGGCGGCAAACCGAAAAGCAGCGGAAAGAAGAAGAAGCACUAAGCCAAAACACCGAGUCUUUGCAGACGCAUUGAUAAACCGCCGAUGAAAGUUCCCAGAUCACCUCAGCAAACAGGGCCACGACGGAUCGUUAAUCAACGCGGCAAUCCCGCCGAACUUUCCCCUCUUUUUUUCCCUCUUCGUCCCCUUUUUUCUCGGUAGACGUCUUGCAAGCGUGUUCGUCACUUUUGGCUUU